CCAGUUGUAGAGGAGUGAUCUGGUCCUCCUGACCUCCUCUUGGCUCUCCUUCUCCUUCCAGAGGAGGCUUUGUUGUGUUCACCGAUGCCGCAACCCUCAUCUUUCUCUUUUUUGCGCCACUGAUUUUUAUUUUUUCUCCAAAUUUCCAAGAUUUCUUUUUACCAAAGAUCUUGUCGGAGCUUGCCUCUCCUCUUUGUCCCUUCUUUUCACAUUUGGAUCACUGGGUUCUAACAGUCGAUCAAUCAGGCAACUAGCAAGUCAACCGACAAUCAAGUAUGGCAGACAAACCAGGCUUGCCGACGGGUGGUGGAGAUGACGCUGGAAGCAUCAUGGCAUUGCUGGAGCGCGUGGCGGGCCUCAUGGAUAGUGUCCAGACCACACAGCAGCGCAUGGAGGAGCGUCAGCUGGAGCUGGAGAACACAGUGAAGACCAUCCAGUCCGACGUCGUCAAGCUGACCAGUGACCACGCCACCACCAGUUCUACCGUUGACCGGCUGCUGGAGAAGACGCGCAAGGUCAGCCGCCACAUCAAGGACGUCAGGGUGCGAGUGGAGAACCAGAACAUCCGGGUGAAGAAGGUGGAGGCCACCCAGGUCGACCUCUUGGCCAAGAACAAGUUCAGGGUGGUCAUUUAUCAGGGUGACCAGGAGGUGAAGGCCGUCGCGCCAGGCAAUGAGCCAGCAGAACACAGCGGGGGCGGCGGCGCCGGCGCCAGAGCCGAGGUGGAACCGGACAAGUUCGAGCUCCCUCCAGAGUCGGACGAGGAGUACAUGGUGGUGGAGGAGGCUGACUCCUCAGCAGCCAGCCGCAUGAAGAAGACGGGCCUGACGCGCAUCGAGAGCUUCAAAGCCACUUUCUCCAAGCAGAACAUGAGCAAGACCCGCGAGAGCCUGGGCACUAAGGUCAACAAGUUUGGUGAGCGCAUUGUGACGGCCGAGAGGCGCGAGAAGAUCCGCCAGUCUGGCGAGAGGCUGAAGCACUCAGGCGAGAGGCUGAAGGAGACCAUCACCAAGAGCGUCCCGGCCAAGCUCAACCUGAAGAAGGAGAGGACUGUGGCAGAGGGCCAGGAAGGAGCUGAGGGCGCCACGGAGGGAGCCGUGCCCGUCCCGCCUCCCAAGGGCCGCAAGGGCACCCCAGACGCCGCCAAGGCGGCUGCUGACGAGGGCAAGGCAGAGGAGUCAGAGGUGCCAAUGUACGACAUGAAGCAGCUAUCGUAAAGCUUUAGACAGUGAUGAUCUGUGCCGUUUUCUAUGGACUACUGAGACCACACAGAGCAAGUGAAGAAGAAGUUUUAGGGUCGCUGCCACCCAGCGGAGCUGCAAAAGUGCAAAUGAUGAAGGUUAACAUUUGUUUGAACGUUGUUGAAGGAAGUGAGCAGAGAACAGGCCGGUUACAGAUCCAAUCUGACUGAACAUCAAGAUGACAACCAAAGAUUCCUCAAAUCAUUGAGGCUAUUUCAUAUGCAGUGUCUUCCUGGACAUUUAUUAUCAAAUCAGCAAAAUAUAUGAAGUCUUUUUUUUUGUUUCGUGUUCAAUAAACACUGACUUUGGAAAAUAAAUGAACAGUGUUCAGAACUUCUCCACAAAACUUUUCACAUUAUCACACCGCUGCUUGUUUUUGCAUGUUGAUGAGAUAGACAUGUUGGGUGAUAAAGCUAUAAUGGGGUCAUGGUACGUUUGGUUCUGUAAUACGGAGUUUUGCACUUGUGACAUGAUUAAGGUUAAAAGGUUAAAAAGUGGAGAUCAACUUAAAUAAACUUGACUCAACAGAGAGAAUAGAGACAAAUUUGUGUUUGGAGACAACUAUGAGGGCAGAAGGUUGUUUGUACACGUUAAAGGACUUAAUGGAUCCAAAAAGUUUGGAAUCAUAUCAGAGAUAUUGACACACAGACCAGAGACUCGAAGCAACAGGACAGGAAACUACCUGGACCUAAAUAGACUGAAUAUACAGUAAGUUGGACCCGUGAAGACGUCUUGUUUGCUUUAGUAGAAGCAGCGAAAGAGAUUAAACCUGAAAACCUGUGUUUAAUAGAAUAAGUGAGUAAAUUACUGAGACAUUAGUGAGCUGAGCUUUUUUAGAUAAGUGGCUGUAAAUAAAACCAAACGAGUAUUUUAGAAAUUCUUUACAACACUUACAUAUAAUGAUUUUAAUUGAUCAAUAAAUAUCUAAAUAAUUUAAAAUAUGUAUUGUAUAAAGUUGUCAGUGUCACACAUGGGGAGUGCGAGGAUUUUCAGAACAUUUUGACUCGUUAUACGAGGAAAAGCUCAGGUGUUACUAAUAGCAUUAACGAUGACCUCAGCAAGCCCAAAAAAAAAAAAAAAGAUUCAAUAAAUACAUUUUAGGAAACUUCAGGGUCUGUAAAAAAAAAUUGAGUCAUUUUACUUAAAGUGAAGUUUCUGAAAUUAGUUCAGAAAAAUAAAUUGUCACAAAUAACUUGAUUUAGCAGUGAUGGCGGCGUUGUGUAUUUUUCUAUAUGGAAACCUUGACAACCAAAACCAUAUUUUUACAGUAUUUGUUUGUGUUUGAGCUUUUGUUAGUGUGUGACUGCAUGGCUGUAGUUUGUCAGUGAUAUUUCCUUAAAGCAGAUUUAUGUUUGUCAUGUUAAAAGAAUAAACGUUUACUUGAUUUAUUCUAUAGCUGGAGCAAAGCUGCUGAAUUUCUUCAUUAAUUACGGACUAAUUCGGUGUUUCAGAUUUUAUUUUAUUCUAUUUUUCACCGUCAUGACAGUAUUCAUCUUGUAAAAAAUAUAUGCAACUUAUAGAAGUUAGUAGUAGUGAUUUUCAACACUGAUAAUGUGUCACAAAGUUUUAAUUGACUUUGGUUUUCUUCUCUGCUGAAUCUCUGUUGAUAAUUCUGUGAAUUCUCACUGAUGCUGUUCAUCUAAGUUAACUUCAAUAAAGAAACAAACAACAGACUGACUCACUUCACAAGCUGA